AUGCAAAGCCAGGAGGCAGGUGAGAUAGCCUAGUUUCCAGAGGAAAAUUUACAUGUAUAAGAGAGAGUAAGAAAUGAACAAGCGACUACAGCUGACCAGCAGGUAGUGUCAGAAGGAACGUGGACUACAGGAGACUGUGGACAGUGGACUACAAGGAGAGAGGUCCUACCCGAGUAAGCAGGCACUACCCUUAAGCAUGAGUAUGACUUGCCAUAAGCGGAGCUGACGAGGCAUCUUGUGACUUUUUUUUUUUUUCAAGAGAAGAGGAAGGGAGUAGUGAAUGACAGGCACAAAGCCAGUGAAGCCUGUGCUUUUUCCACUCUCCACAGCUUUGACAGUUAUGAACAAGAACGAGUUGAGAAGACAACUGUAAAUAAAGCCAAGAGAACAGGGCACACAGCCUGAAGGAAAGUAAUUACCACAGCUCAGUUUCACUCUUGAGUUACUUAAAGUACAGUCAGCUGGGUUUGUGGACUUUGUUCCUUAGACGGCUAACACACACACACACACACACACACACACACACACACACACACACACACACACACACACACACACACACAGACAGACAGAACAAGCACUGGUUGUUGAAGUGUCUUUUUGGACUGCUGUGGAGGAAAGCCGGUAUGGAUGUUGGUUUCUCAUCUUUGCGCUCUGAGGCAGUGGGAGCCAUGAGGACGGCGCUGGUGUCUGCGGAGAACUUACAGCUCACUCUGAAGACUGAGCUCAGUCAGGAAGAACAGGCCCUGACACACACCAAGAGUAGCCCCAAGGAGACACACAAAACCGGGAAUGAAGACCUUAAAGAGAUGUUGGAGAGCAACAAGGAUUCGCUCAAACUGGAAGCCAUGAAAAGGGUUGUUGGGCUGAUUGCCAAAGGGAAAAAUGCAUCUGAGCUGUUUCCUGCUGUUGUGAAGAACGUUGCGAGUAAGAACAUCGAGCUUAAGAAGCUUGUAUAUGUGUACCUGGUGAGGUAUGCAGAAGAGCAGCAGGACCUGGCUUUGCUAUCCAUCAGCACCUUCCAGCGGGCCCUCAAGGACCCAAACCAGUUUAUCCGGGGCAGCGCACUGAGGGUUUUGUCUAGUAUCCGCGUCCCCAUAAUUGUCCCCAUCAUGAUGCUGGCCAUCAAGGAGGCUGCCGCUGACCUGUCCCCAUAUGUCAGGAAGACAUCGGCCCAUGCUAUCCAGAAGCUCUACAGCAUGGAUCCAGACCAGAAAGAGCAGCUGAUCGAAGUGAUAGAGAAACUAUUGAAAGACAAAAGCACACUGGUGGCCGGCAGUGUGGUGAUGGCUUUUGAGGAAGUGUGCCCAGAUCGCAUUGACCUGAUCCAUAAGAACUACAGAAAGCUGUGUAACUUGUUGGUGGAUGUGGAGGAGUGGGGCCAGGUGGUCAUCAUCUCCAUGCUGACGCGCUACGCUAGGACGCAGUUCACCAGUCCCUGGAAGGAGGGUGCCAUGUUCGAUGAGAACAAUGAGAAGGCGUUCUAUGACUCUGACUCUGAGGAGAAAAAAGACCAGACGGAGGCCCAACCUUACAUCAUGGAUCCAGAUCACAGGCUGCUGCUCAGGAACACCAAACCUCUACUGCAGAGCAGGAACACUGCUGUGGUGAUGUCUGUCGCUCAGCUCUAUUGGCAUUUGGCCCCUAAGCAUGAAGUCAAUAUUGUCACCAAAUCACUGGUUCGACUACUAAGAAGCCACAGAGAGGUGCAGUACAUUGUGCUUCAGAAUAUUGCCACAAUGUCCAUUCAGAGGAAGGGGAUGUUUGAGCCCUUCAUGAAGAGUUUCUAUGUGAGAUCUACAGAUGCCACACACAUCAAAACACUGAAGUUGGAGAUCCUGACCAACCUGGCCAAUGAAGCCAACAUCUCCACUAUUCUGAGGGAAUUUCAGACCUAUGUGAAGAGCCAGGACAAGGCGUUUGCAGCAGCCACCAUUCAGGCCAUCGGCAGGUGUGCCACCAACAUCUCCGAGGUGACAGACACGUGUCUCAACGGUCUGGUGCUGCUGCUUUCCAACAGAGACGAGACUGUAGUGGCUGAGAGUGUGGUGGUGAUCAAGAAGUUGCUUCAGACUCAGCCCACCCAGCACAGUGAGAUCAUCAAACACAUGGCCAAGCUCUUCGACAACAUCACUGUCUCCAUGGCCCGAGCUAGCAUCCUGUGGCUGAUGGGAGAGUACUGUGAGAGGGUGCCAAAAAUUGCCCCUGAUGUACUCCGUAAGAUGGCAAAGACUUUCACAGCAGAGGAGGACAUUGUCAAGCUGCAGACAGUCAACCUAGCAGCCAAACUCUACCUGACCAACUCCAAGCAGACUAAGCUGCUGACCCAGUACAUCCUGAACCUCGGCAAAUAUGACCAGAGCUACGAUAUCAGAGACCGAACACGCUUCAUAAGACAGCUGAUUGUGCCCAACGAGAAGAGCGGCGCCCUCAACAAGUACGCUCGCCGCAUCCUCCUGGCCCCCAAACCAGCCCCAGUGCUCGAGUCCGCCUUCAAAGAUCGUGACCGUUACCAACUGGGCACUCUCUCCCACAGCCUCAAUACUAAAGCUGCUGGAUACCUGGAGCUCUCCGACUGGCCAGCUGUUGCUCCUGACCAGUCUGUGAGGAAUGUGGAGGUCAUUGAGCCAGUGCAAGAGUGGGCGCCGUUAGUUGGGAAGACCAAGAAACCCAAAUCUGACAAGUUCUACUCGGAUGAUGAAGAGGAGAAAGAAGAGGAAAGAUCUAAGAGCAGUGGCAGCGAAGACAGCAGCAGCAGCAGCAGCAGCAGCAGUAGCGAUGAGUCAGGCAGUGAGAGUGAGGAGGAAAGCAGUGAAGAGUCAGACAAGACCUCCAGUGAUUCUGGAAAAAGUUCCAGUGGAUCUGAAAAGAGCUCCAGUGAAUCUGAACCUGAACAAAAAAAGAAGAAAAAGAUGACGAAGGCACCGCAGAAGAAAAGCAAACCAACUGCUGCUUUCAGUGACUCGGAUGAAAACGGAAAUGGACCUGUAGCCCAAGCUAGCAGCUCGUCAGCCGAAAGCUCAUCCGACUCCGAGACAGACUCCGAAGACGAUUCAGACUCUGACUCCCACGCAACACAACAGAAGAAGAAGAGAGAUGUGAAGUCCAAACCCAAGGUGGAAGUGAAGUCCAAGGUGGAAGUAUCCUUACUGGAUCUAGAUGACUUUUCUCCUGCACCCACAAAUGCACCAAAGUCUUUGGUCGUCUCUUCGAGUUUGCUGUCCGACCUCGAGGGCCUUUCUCUCUCCAACAUCUCCUCCACCAUGCAGGUCACCACUCCAUCUUUUGGCCCUGUGAAAACCUACGAGCUGCUUCACCAUAUGACAGGAAAAGGUCUGUCAGCCAAGUACCAUUUCUCCAGGCAGCCCUGUUUGUACCAGCCCAGUAUGGUGGCCGUACAGGUCAUACUGACCAACAGCUCAGACCACAGUCUGGAAGAGAUCCAUAUAGGAGACCGAAGUCCAGCGAGCCUGAACAUUCACUGCUUUAACACCAUCGAGCGGCUGGAGCCAGAGGCCUCGGUGACGGUUUCCAUGGGUAUUGACUUCAGCGACUCGACACAAGCAGCCAACUUCCAGUUGUGCACCAAGGAGGACCAGUUCAGUGUGUCCAUCCAGCCUGCUGUGGGAGAGUUAUUGAUGCCCAGUACCAUGACAGAACAGGACUUCAGCAAGGAGCAAGGUAAGCUCCUGGGCAUGAAUGAGACAUCGGCAACCAUCACCAUGGCAACAGCAAACACCUCCAGCCAGGCCAUCAGCAAGCAGGUUCUGUGCGCGGCAAACGUAGGAGUGGUCUCAUCCAGCGCAAACAACUUCCACAGGUUUGCCGGGCGGACAGUCAGCAGCAGGGCCCUGGUCUUGGUGUCGCUGGAGCUGAAGGAGUCCUCCACUGCCCUGCUUACUAUCAACACAGAGAAGAGCGUCAUGGCGUCCAUGUUGCUCCGAGACCUCAAACAAGCCCUUGCUCAGGCGUAGAGUCCCCCCCCCCCCCCCUUCAUUAAAGAUUUCAUGUAUUUUAUUUCUGUGGUUUGGGACAAUUCGAGCAGUACUUGCAAACACAUGGCACUUUGAUCCUGAAUACAGAAACCGAAGAAGUAGAGCUUGAACUUGUGUCACUCACAGAGAAAGAACUGGAAACAAUGGAAGAAGAAGGAAGGAAGAGCUUCUUCCUGUUUUUAUGGUCUGUGUUGUUGUUUUUUUUGGAAAGGAUUGUCUUGAAUCGCAAGAAUAACUUUGUGAAGGUCUUGAAUAAAGCGAUGAUCCUCUUUUUAAAACGCACAGAAGGCAUCAUAGACGUGAUAGUGGGCUUUAGCCUUACCUUGUCCAUUAUGAGUCACUCCUCAACAUGACACUACUCCAUCCAGUCAUGUCAAACCAAUUGGUCAUUGACCUCGAUGGUGACUCUUUAAAUUGCAUUCAAUUUAUGGAUUUGAUCAAAUAUUAUUAUGUACAAACAGCUGUACAUUCAUUUUGGGGGGAACGAGUAUAAUGCUGCCUCACUCACAGCGCGACAGGCCAAUUUGUCUGUUUAAUGUUUACACUGAUUGAGAUACUCCACUAAAACAUUGGUCUCCGAGCCAAGCGACCCUGUGUUUGCAUUGAUUGGAAUUUGUUCUUUAGUGCCAAGAAAAAGAGAAAAGGAGGAUUCCUCCAGGCCAUUUGGACCCAUCUAAACACUCUCAUGACAGUAUAAACCUUUGCAAGCUGCUGCAACUACAAACUAGCCUCUGCCCCUGAUGUAGUGUUACAUUCCAGUCUUUACACUGCCCCCAAAUCACAUUUGUGCCUUCUACGUGAAAAUAAUGUAAUUUAGAUAAACUAAACAUAUAUGUUAGACUUAAAUCAACAAGGUCUUUUUAUUUGUAUGGCUUUUGCUGAACAAUAAAAAGUGAAUUUAUUAAAACAAUAAA